CACUUCCGGUACAGCUACGCGCGUAGGUUUAAUGCAGUUGUAACAUAAACACGGGUGCGGGUUUCUUUAACACCGUAGUGGCGCUUUACACAAAUCACUCAUGUUUAUUUAUUUAUUUAUUUUAAUGUACACAAGAGACAUUUUCCGUAAUGAACGAAAUGAUUUGAAAGGGUUUUAAAGCUGUUUUAAUGUAACAGGCGAAUUCCUAACGUUAAUCCGCCUCUGUUGUUAGCAACAGGUUGUUAGCGUAGCUGAUGGUCUAGUGAGCUGUGACCAUGCACACUGUACAGAUCUCCAAUAAAGAAGACGGGAAAUUAUGGCACCGCAAACCAGUGCCUUCAAAUAAUGGGAUCCUGCUGAUGAUCAAUCGCAGUGCAGCUGGCUACCAAAGUAAGACAGUUCGUUUCCUCCAGGUGGCAUUCGACACUACUGGAGAGGCAUUUCUUGCCGGUGAUCACCAUGGGAAUAUCUACGUGUUUGAUAUUAGUAGAAACAGAUUUAAGCUGGUGCAGAAAACAGGACAAGCAUGCACAGCCCUGGCUUUCAGCCUGCGCAGAACGACAGAGUUUCUGGUUGCCCUGUCUGAUUAUUCCAUCAAGUGCUACGAUAAAGAGACCAAACAGCUGGUGAGCUGGAUGAGGGGUCAUGAGGGUGCCGUGUCUUCUCUGUCGGUCCACGGUUCAGGGCGCUAUGCGAUCAGCACCUCUUCGGACACGGCUCAGCUCUGGGACUUGGACACGUUUCAGAGGAAGAGGAAACUCAACGUGUGCCACUCUGUGGGAAUACAAAAGGUGUUUUUUCUCCCGCUGGGUAACACCAUUCUGAGCUGUUUUACCGACGACUCCAUCUUUGCUUGGGAAAGUGACACGCUGUUUUGCAAAUAUCAGCUACCAGUUCCGCAGGACGGACCCCGGAUACACUACAAGGCAUUUGCUGUCACACGAGAUGGAAAGACCCUGGCUGCAGCUGGCCGCUCAAACCUUAUUCAUUUGUGGAGUUUGGACAGUCGACAGCUCUUGAGAAUAAUACAGAUGCCGCAAGAAGUGCGGACUGUGAGGCAUCUCGAUUUCCUGCCAGACAGUUUUGAUGGAGGAUCCAGCCAGAUCCUGGGUGUUUUGAGCCAGGACGGCCUCAUGCGCUUCAUCAACAUUCAGACCUGCAAGCAGCUGUUUGAAAUCGGCUCUCCCGACGACGCCAUUAACUCGGCAGCCGUUUGUCCUAAAGGCCGCCACGUUGUAGCAGUGAUGGACGAUGGUGCUCUGAGAGUCUACAACGUGCAGGCUCUCACUCAGGAAAUCAACAAGCCUCCGCAGUCCUUGGUGAAAAGGGUAACUGCAGGAAAGAAAACGGACACUUCCUGCUUAAAGAUAAAGGUGCACGCUGGAGCUGUUCUGCGCCCGGCCAAAACAUCUGCUCGCAAACCGCGCACCAGAACUCUGCGGCCCCCAGCUGUUUCCACACUGGAGAACAAAGAGAAUGACUUGCCAGGUGGCCUUAAUAAGAAGCGGCUUCAGGCGUUACUCAGAACAAUUGGAGAAUAUCCAGCUAAGUACAGGAUGUUCAUUUGGCGUUCUCUGCUGCAGCUUCCUGAGAAUCAUGCUGUAUUCAGCAGUCUAACAGAUAAAGGCCUGCACUCCGCUUAUAUGUGUCUGCAUGAGCGCUACCCAAUCAAGAGCCACAAACUGCAGAGAGGACUGCAGAGGGUCCUGUCUGCCCUGGCUCACUGGACAGCCAUCUUUGGAGAAGCAGAGUAUCUCCCGCUGCUGGCGUUUCCGUUUGUCAAGCUCUUUCAGAACAAUCCUCUCAUCUGCUUUGAAGUUGUGGCUACCGUAAUCGUGAACUGGUGCCAGCAUUGGUUCGAGUACUUCCCCAACCCCCCGCUCAACAUUCUGAGUAUGGUAGAGAACGUACUGGCUCAUCAUGAUAAAGAGCUGCUGCGCCAUUUUGUUGACUGCGGUGUCACUUCCCAGCUAUAUGUGUGGCCGCUGCUCGAAACCCUGUUCUCUGAGGUGCUGACCAGAGACGAAUGGCUGAAGCUGUUUGAUAAUGUUUUCUCCAAUCAUCCUUCGUUCCUCCUGAUGUCCGUGGUGGCCUACGUGACCUGCUGCAGAGCGCCGUUACUCCUCUGCACUCACAGAGAUGACUUUGAGUACUUUUUCCAUCAUCGCAACAAUAUGGACAUGAGCGCGAUGCUAAAGGAGACGUAUCGGUUGAUGGAGCUGACCCCGGCAGACCUGCACCCGAGCUCCAUGCUGAAUGACUUUGAGCCUCUGACGCCCGGUCAGUAUCCAAUCUUCAACAAGUAUCCCACGUUCAUAGUGGAGUACCAGUGCCAGGAGCGGGAGCGAAUCCGCCAGCAAGAAGUGGAAUAUCUCAGAGAGAGACAGGCACUUCAGGAGCUACGUGCUGAGGCGGUGAGACAGCAGGCUGAGGAUGAAGCCUGGUACACACAGCAGGAGCUGCUCCAGCAAGCCGAGGAACAGCGUCGAAGAAUCCUGCAAGAGGAAGAGAGCAAACUUGCGCAUCAGAGAACCAGGUUGGCUGCUAUGAAGCGAGAGUUGAAGGUGAAAGAGCUCACCCUGCUUGAUGCUGCCAGGAUGCGUUUCCUCAAGCACCAGCAGAAUCAGCGCAAAAUGGAGCUCAGUCGACUGGAUGAUGAGAUCCAGAGAAAGAUGGCAUUGCGAGAGCAGGAGACUGCUAUGGCUGUGCAGGAUAUGGAAGUAAGGCAAAUGGAGCUGGAUGCGCAGAGACGACUGUUUGAGCAGCAAUUGGCCAAAGCGCACGAGUGUGCGAGCAAAGACGUGAGAGCGGAAGUAGACGCCCGGCGACGAAGAGCUGAGAUUGAAGAUUCUGCCUUUCACAACCUCCUUCAGACAGACGGCGAUCUCGGCCAGGAAACCAGAAGGGUGCUGGAGGAGUCUCUAGCAGAGGCGGGACAACUGGAUGCGGACGCUGAAUGGCAGACAGAAGUGAUCAGGCGAUUACAGACAGCAGAGGAAGAGCAGGAGAAGCAGAGGCAGCAGCUGGCGAAACUCAGCCGUGAAACCCACGCCAAGGAGGAGCAGCUUGUACAGAUGAUGAUGGAAGUGGAGGGAAAGCAUUGGAAUGACGUGGUCGGUAAGCAGGCCAUGCUGGACGAGGAAAAGCAGGCAGGAAGUUCUGCAGACGCCCAGCAGAAGUCAGUCCUCUCCCAGCAUAUAGACGAGAUCACGCAACACCAGGACACGCUGCGGAGGAGUCAAGAAGAGUUUCUGAAUCUACAGCGGGAAAGGAGGCCUCGCUCGCCCUGCUCUACACGAGGACGUUUGCAAAAGCCGAGUAGUCCACAGGCUGGUACCAAUACUGUGUGUCUGAACAACCAGUCUCCUUCAGAUAGCUCCACAUGCUUUUCUCUAGAGCGUGGUCGAGGUAGGCUGGACCACGAGGAGAGGGAGUUGCUGCAGGAGGUCAGAGAGCUCCGAAAGAAGCUGGCGGCCAGAGCGAGAGCCGCGGACUACACCAUGUACUCGGCCAGUUCCCAUCACUCCCAGUGACCAGGCCAGAAGACAUUUAUCCAGUGACUUUUCCUGGAUCUCUUGCUUAGACUGAAAUAAAGCAAGUGCUGCACAACAUGUUUCACAGUUAAUACUGCUCACCACUUCAAAAAGAUUUACAUUAAACACUGACAGACUUAUCAAGUGCUAUCAAGUUUGGUAUGGAGUCUUUGCCUGGAAUUUUUAUUAUAAAUUAUUUUUGUAUAUAUUUGUCCAUGUUGGACAGCCCUUUUAGAUUGGUUUGAGUGGUAAAUAGUGAACCUUUUCCUACAACCCACAUCCUAUAAAAUAGCUAUGAUGUGGGAAAACACGCUGAUGUGGGAUGUGUGCUUGCUGGAUCUUCUUACUUUGUUCAGGAAGUUGUUUUUUUAAUUAAAACUUAAUUUAUGUAGAAUGCAAAGGCUUUUCUUCUAGAAAUAUACUGUUUCAGUGAUCACACUACAACUGUCAGUACAUUGUGUUACAGUUUCUGUCGACUUUCUCCUACCUUUUCACUGUAUGAUGAUUCUUGAUAUAGCUGUUAACAAAUGAUAAUUUUUUUAAUGCCAUAUCUCCUAUUUUUCAUCCAGAAAUUUCAACUAAAUCGAGGUUGUUUGCGUUUUUUUAAAUACAAGUAAGUAGUUUUGACAGACGGUGAUGCUGUGCAGUAGUUAUAUGUACUGUACCUGCUAUACACCUGUUCCAGCACCAAUCUAUUUGGUGCUUCAUUGCGGAUUCAAUUGUUGCAUGUCUGCUAAUUUAACCCAAACCUCCUAAUACUGUGUAUAACACAUAUUCAAAGUUGAAAACCGAGUGAAGGACUUGAUCUGAUAUCUGAAGGAGUAAAACAUUAUGCGGUACAAUAAAGGGAAGACAUUUAUUUGUGCA